AACUAUUUGAACAAAAAAAAAAAAAAUCUUGGCUGUGGUCUCUAAGCCAAUUUUUCCCCCCUUACCCCCUUUGCAACGGCUUAGGGUUAUUUCCAAAUUAAAACUCGUUUUAUUGAUGCGAUAGUUUACAUUUUUGUAAACUUCUAAAAUUAUACGUAUUUUUUACGAUUUUUAAUUACCUUUUUAUAAUUAUAAUAAUAUAAUGACCACGGCCGCCGCGCCAGCAAUGUCUAGUGAACGAUUUCAAAAUACAAAAAAUAGGAUCGCGUCACUAUCAAGUAAAAAUGAAGAGUUUCUCGACCAAAUAAACAAAUUACAACAUUCACAUUCUCAAGCUUUAACUGCAUUAAAUAGUCAAUUGGAAACCAUUCCUACAGAUGAUUCAGAACAAAAUAUUGAUAAUCUAGUUAAUAAUUUAAAAUUUAAUCAAAGGCGUAGUAAUAAUUUACAACAACAAUCAAUAUCUACUGUACUUAGGUCAGAUAAAUUAGGUAACGGAAAAGAUCUUGAAGAUGUAAUGGAGGUGGAAGAUGAUUAUAAAAUGAAAAUGAAUGGAACAGGAACAAUUACUGCUAUUGAUGAUUCUUUAUCAUCGAGAAAAUCGGCAAAACUUGCAAUGGUAAAUCGUACUGUUAAGGAAUUAAAAAAAAUUGAAUCUAAUGGAGAAUUGGAUCGAAAAUAUUUUUCAGCUGAAAAUAAUUCAGAUUCUGAAGAUGUUAAUGAGAAUAGUAGUAUUGAAGAUAAAGAUUUUGAAAAUAUUAACGAUCGACGAAGAAUUCUUAAGAGUCAUCCUACUUUAACUAUUAAUACUAAAACUACAAAAUCAUCUUCACGAUUAAUUACACCAGAAUCUUCUGAUUCAGAAUUUGAUAUUUCAAAAGCACAUAUGCCUCUUGCUCCUACAUUAGGUGGAAGUAGAAAUUCUCUUCGUGCUGCUCGUCAUAGUUCUGCUGAACAUUAUAAUGGUAACAUAACAGAACGACGUGGUCGGGGUAUAUUUUCAAUGGAUGAUGUCAUUGAAGAAGAAAGAGGAGGUUCUUUAUCAGAUGUAGCUGAACAAAAUGAAAUAAGUACUGAAAAUAUUAAUCGUAUGCGGGGUAAGCAAAUAAUUUCUGCAAAUGGUAGAAAGCGAACACAAAAAUAUAUGGAUGAAAAUGAUGUUCCUAAAACAAUUAAAAUGCAUCGAAGACCACAAACAGAUGAUUCAUAUGCUGAUAUUCCAGAUGAUAAUAGUAGUGUAAUGUCAACCGAUUCUUAUCUUCAAAUAGAAGAACUUAGAGCGCGCAUUCAAAAACUUGAGUCAGAACGCAUUGAUGAUGAACUUAUGUCUGAACGAAAGAGCCAAAGAAGAAAGAAACAUCAUUCUGAUUCAAUAUCUCCAGCUGCUCUGUCUCCUGAUAGUUCCCAAGGUGGGACCAGUUCGAUCACAGGUGUUCCAAGACGUUCUCCGGCAUUGGCCCAACAUCAAAAACAUUUGCAAAAUGCCUUUGAUAUGUUUGAGAAAGCAUUUACAACAGAUUAUCCGGUUGAUGAUUCCUCACCCCCACCUUCACAUUCAAUGGCAAUGGUAGUGUCAUCGGCACUUUCAUUAAAUCAAAAGUUGCGUUCAAUCAUGUCACAAAUGGAACUUGAUGGUCAACUUGAAAGAGGAAUGAAGGCAUUAUUAAAAACGAGUGAUGAACAGGUCCGAAGUUUAACCGAAUGUUUAUUAGCACUUGCUCCUCUUUCUCCAAAAAGAGUAUCAUCAAAGAAAAUGGAGAGAGAUCAACUUGGUAUAAAAGGAUAUGCUUAUUAUCCUGGUGAUUCAUCCCUCUUGCAAGCUUCUACUCCUUCACAUUCCACACGAUCUAUUUCUCCUCCUAUACCAAGAAUAUCAUCUGCUCCAGUUAUUGCUUCCCAUGAAUCACAGAUUAGUGAACAUGAUCAGCUACAUGAUCAAUCCUCACGAAGAGUUUCUCCAGGUCCUCCAUCUGAUCAAUCAUCUCCACCUAAUUCAUAUUAUGUUCCACAAAGAGCUACAUCACGUUAUAGGUCUUCCUCUCCAACCUUACCAGAAUAUAAUGAUUCACAAAUUUCAGCUACACGUGUAUUAGAACGAAAAUCACGUCGUUCCUCUGGUACUGCAUAUUCUGGUACAAAUCCUAUUUCAUCAACUUCACCUUCUCCACCACCAAUGCAACAUCCACCUUCUCAUUAUGAUCAACCGGGGUCGCGUGUUUAUUAUGAACGCGAAAUUCCACGUGAAACACCUCGUGAACUACCUCGGUUACAAAGAUUCAGUAUACAAGGAUAUAACAAUGUUUCAUCCCAACCGGCCUCUUCAGCAUAUCAGAGAACUGCAUCACGUCCAUUAACACAUAUUCGAACCGAUGAAUUAUCUUAUCCUUCUAAUCACGUUCGAACAUCAUCUACAUCAUCUACAUCAUCUAUUCAUCGUUCUUCAUCGGGAAGAUCAUAUACGUCACGUGUUGCUAAUGAAGAAUAUGUAAAUAGUCCAGUUUCAACUACAAGAUCACAACCACGAUAUGAGUAUACUCGAAGGUAUCCUUCUGAUGGUCAAUCUCCAAUAGAAAGACGUCCAACGCCUGGAAUGGAGACGGAUCGGAGAUAUUCAAGACGUUUGGUAAAUCAAAUAUACGAGCCUGAAGAUGGCUAUGAUGGGUCAAAUGGUUACGGAGAAAAUAUUCCUGAAAGAGAUUACAUUAGAGAUGAUAAAAUGGGAAUAAGAAGAAACAUCUCUAAUGGUAGUGGUACUUUUAGACAAAAAAUGGUACCUGCUCAAGAACAAGAAGUAAACAGAAAUGUUGGAGUUGGUAAUGAAGAAAGUCGAGGUGGUCAACAAAAUGAUGAAAUAAAUGAUCAAAAUGUUCAAGUAAACGGCACGAAUGUUGAAAAUAGUGAAGAAAAUGACGGAUAUAUAUGAUGAAAGUCGUAUUCCUACCACUUGCAAUUAUUGCUCAUUUUCUGCAAUUUUUUCUCCAUAACAAUAUUGAACUUUAUUUUGCAAGCUGGUCUUGACACGCACGUUGAAUACUUUUUCUUAUAAAUAUUUAAUCAAAAAAUUAUUUCGUUGUAGAUAUUUUUUCUCCCAUUUAUUAUUUUUAUAUAUUAUUAUUAUUCGCAUAUGUUUUAACAAUUACGUUUUUUCCCAACCUUAUUGAAUUAUUUAUUAUUUAUGUUUUUAUCCC